CACCGCGUCGUCUCCUCUCCUCCGAGUUUUCCAACCAGACCGCGUGAUCCGACUCGCCGACCCCGCUCGCUCUCGCCGGAGCGCCUCCACACCCUCCAGCGCGACCAGUCCGUCCCCACCGACCGCGCUACGCGGCGCCCGAUGGAGUACGACUUCCGGGGCCGGCCGGGCUCGGGAUCCUACGGGGCGCCUCCGGGGGCCGCCGCGCCCGGCGGCGGCUCGUCGCUCUACCCGCGCGUCGGCCAGCCGACCCACGGCGGGGGCGGGGGCGGGGGCGGGUCCGCCACCGCGUCGCCGCGGGCCGCGCCCUACCACCAUGGGCCCGGGGCGGGCUCCGGGUCCUCGGCUCCCAUCGUGACGCCGCUGGCUCCAACCUCCACCUCCUCGAAAGUGGGCAUACAAGUUGCGAUAAAGCCUGAAUUCCGCAUUACCCCUCCUCCUCAAUUGCCACCACAGAUGGUCGAAAUUCCUCGCAGCACCUUCAACUUUGAUUUUGAGUAUGAGAGAAGGAUUCUUGCUGAGGCAGAGAAGGAGAACCCCAACUGGAGUAAGUUUGUGGUAGAAAGACAGGCCCCACCACCGCCUGUGCCACAGCAGGCUAGACCAGCAUCCUCAGGGUCAGGGGAUCCAGUUGUGGACAAGUAUGUCUCCAUGGGGCUUGGGCGUGAAGCUGUCUCAUUUGCCGUGUUGAAUUAUGGAGAUAAUCCUGCAAAGAUGUACCUCAGUUCAGCUGGGAUAAUUUCAGUUUGGCAAUUGAGCAAAUUUAAACUGCAAAAAAUAAUAUACAGUGAACAUACAAGCUGUUUUUUUAAAGGUGAAGGAGUUUGUGAAAUCGUACAACAUCCUCCACGAGAUGGGCUUCACAUCGCCAAACGUCCCCGAGCUGCUGGCGAUCCACGACAACGACCCUGACAAAGUCAUCCAGCGCCUCCUCUCCUCGCCGUCCUGAUCCCAGAGCAAGACGCGCUCCCGGACAGUUGCGUAUGUAUACCACAUCCGUGUACAGCCCUGCCCUACGCUGGCAACCAUCUUAUGCAUGUCAAAUGUUUAUGGAGAUACGCGUGGUUCUACUCCAAUCUACGUGUUAGCUGCCGCUAGUUUUGUGAACCGAGUAACAUGGUUUGUAUGUUGUAUCCCGUUACCCGUUUGGUGUUUUUCUCUUUUUGCACCGCUUGUUUCACCACCGAGUCUCUUUCGCAGCGUACAUGUAGUGCAACAGGAUGUUUGCUGACCGAUGAUCCUGGUUGAUAAACGGCAUGAACUUUGCUC